AUGGUUGUGAAAUAUAACUUGAAAGACAACUAUUGGUUGAGCAAUAAGUAUGCCCAGAAGGAGCAUUGGGUUCCAUGUUAUUUCAAGAAGCAUUUUUUUGUGGGGAUGAGCUCCACACAACGAUGUGAGGGGAUGAACAGUUACUUCCAAGAUUGUUUUAAGGGAACAAUGACAUCGUACAAAUUUGUCAAACAAUAUGAAAAGGCUAUCGCUAGGCAUAGAGAGAAGGGAGAUGAGGUGGAGUUGAGAACAUCUACCCAAUUACCUCAAUUGUCCUCACAAUAUCCUCUAAAAGAGAAUGUGGGUGAGGUGUACAUUAGGAGGAUGUUUGAUAUUUUUAAGAAAUAUCUCAUUUCCAGCUUUAACCUAUCUGUUAAAGAGGAAUCAGCUGAAGGGCUAGUGCGUAAGUUUAAGGUGGGGCCUUUUAAGAUCCCAAUUGAGCAAAGAUGCAUGGUGAUAUAUGACUCAUCACAGGAGGUCCAAUGUGAGUGUCGUUUUUUGGAGUUCAUGGGUAUACUUUGUAAGUAUGCGUUGAAGGAAGCUAGUUCUGGCCUGUCCUCUGGUAUUCCAGUUAACUCAAAUGAUGUUAUAACAACGCGAUCGCUAUGGAGAUUACGGAAAGUCCAUUUGUCAAUGAUGUCCUUCACUUGCUCAUCACCAGAUGGCUAUGUAGCUGCUAUGAGAAUAUGUCAAUGGUUCUAUGACAAUUUUCCCACCAAUUUGCAAAAUUUGACUGGUGGUUUAUAUGAAGAUUCAACAAAUCUUACACAAACUACUGUUGAAGCAAGGCUAGAAAGCCAUGAUCGUGUGAAGAUACCAUAG